AUGGGGCGACGUCUGCCUUGGAAGAGGACCGAGGUCCCAAGCGUCGUGAAAUCCGCAACUCCCAAAAGUAGCCCAAAGCCCACUUCUCCCAUCAAACGGGCGCCGCCUCCAAGCACGCGACCAGAACGCGCUCAAGAACGUGCCUCGGUUCAGCUCUCGGAACCUGGUAAUCGCAUUCGUAGCCCGUCUACUUCUCCACCACCUGAGCCGCCUCAAGAGGAGUUCAUGAUUGCUGGCCCGUUCAACGAUGACAGGUAUCGGAUGGUGGACGACGAGCUCCUUGGGGUUGCUCAGAGGUUCACGGUCCACCUCCACCGUCAAGAGUAUCAGCGCCUGAAGGCACAGGCCAAGACCCAGAACGCCGCGACCAUUCGCGAGAUUGAGCGCCCGACUGUCGGCACCCCGACGAGGGUUACCAAGCAGCGGAGUGAGGCUCUGAAGCGAGCUUCUCGUCAGCGCAGCCUGCUUGGCAACGACCAUGGUCGUGAUCUGCCCUGGAUGGGCACCAGCCUGCAAGGCCUGAUGGAAGCGCCCCGGAGGGAUGCAAGGGUCAUCCGCUCGCUUCCUCAGGCGGCGUCGGGCACGCGAGCUGCGGCGGGCUUUAGUUCACAGCUCUCCAGCAGUCCCAUUCGCGAGAACCGGCCCGCUGGAGACUCGCCGCCUCAGAGACGGGAGGCGUCGGCUUUUAGAGACUCUAGAGGAGUUGGCGUUAGGGUAACGCCGCAGGCAACUAAGAGUGUUAAGUCGAAGCAGGUAGCCAGCAGUAACAAAUCUUCAUCGCCAACGGUGGGUUCGUCUGCCACAGUUGGUACACCUUCAAGGCGGCCACUUUCGACGGUCAGGCCGUCAUUCUCUACGCCACAAGCAACGAAGGACAUACGUCAGGAUGAGGAUGAUGAAGAUGACGAAGAUGACGACGAUGACAUUUUCGGUCUCAACAAACGAAGAAUUCGAAGAGAGAAAUCAAGGGAGAAUAUUCGAAGAUCUACAGAAAAGCCAGUGCGCAAGCCAUCACCAGAUGCAAUACCCUCAUUCUUAUGA